GGAAAUUAGCACGGGAGAUUCUAGAGAAAAAUUAUUAAUUAAUAAAGAUGUUGGGCGAUUUCCUGACCAGAUUGCUAGUGUUGAUUUUUGGAUAUGCAUAUCCAGCAUUUGAGUGCUUUAAAAAGGUGGAGAAGAACAGGGUUGAGAUUGAUGAACUCAGAUUUUGGUGCAAAUAUUGGAUCCUUGUGGCUUUUAUUACUGUUUUGGAGAGGAUAACAGACAUAUUCAUUUCAUGGUUGCCCAUGUAUGGAGAGAUGAAGCUUGGAUUUUUUAUCUACCUAUGGUAUCCUAAAACCAAGGGAACCGUUUUUGUGUAUGACGCCAUCUUUCGGCCUUUCAUGGCGGAACAUGAAACCGAAGUGGAUCGGAAGAUCAUGGAGCUGAGAGCUCGAGCAUGGGAUGUUUUCACGCAUUACUCGGCGAACUGCUCGGAAAUAGGGGUGGCUAAAUUCUUCGAAAUGUUUCAAUACGUAGUAGGCCAAACUACCAAGUUCAAUCCCACAAAACCUAACAAUCCGAAAUCUAAAGACCGAAGUCUUAACAACAUCCCACCACCACCAUCUCCGAAUGGAUUACGGAGUCCAUCGGCCAAGGCUUUUAACUCAGUAUUGAGCCGUGUUAACUUUGUUGACUCACCGAGGUAUGGUCAACCGGACAGCCCAUCGGCACACCAGUUCGACAACGGCAACGACUCGAUUCCGUAUUCCACAAGUAACUCCAGGAUCCAACAUGCUCGUCUUAAUCUCCGACGCACCAAACCGGAAAAUUAAUAGUUUAUGAUAAUGCAA